AAGGGAAGCGAGAUCGAGUUUUGACAGGUUUGGUGGAUGGGCGGUAGUAACCAUUCUUUCAAACGCACCCAACCUUGCCAUAUGUGGUGCUAUAUAGAAGCUCCAAUACAAACCAAAAACACACAAUGUAUACACAGACAGUUUUCUUGCAAAUCAUUGAAACAAGUCGCUACUAGUUUAAGAAAGUUGAGUCGUUCCAACUUAACCACCUGGAGCGAGACAACACCUUGGUUAUCAGGAACACAAGUCGGAAAAAGAGGAUUCUCUUGUUCUAAAACUGUUUGGGAACUCUUUAAAAACAGGGGACUUGCCUCUCGUUCUUGGAAAGAAGAAACUACUCCAACCGCUGUCGUGCUAGUUCGAGCAGAAGAAAAAGCAGUAGACAAUGCCUCAGGAUCUUCCAAGAAACUGUUGGAAGACAUGUGGUCUAAAAUAUCAUCAUUUAAUGGGAACACUAUGAAUGGCCGAGUUCCCGUUUCUCACGAAGCAUAUCGACCGAGGCUAGUAGAGAAUAAAAGAAAAGUGAUGGGUAAAAUACCUUUACCUGUAGAUAUGCCAUUCAGCUAUGGUGACUUGGAUAAGGAAGUAGGUGAUAUAAGUUAUUCGUUCACAGCUGGUGACGUAAGGAAAGGAGUCAUCGUUGAAAUUAUCAAUGGUGGAGCUCUAGUAGAUAUAGGUGCAAAAUCUACAGCAUUGUUACCCAGCAAUGAAGUAUCUUUGUAUCCAGUCGAAUCGAUACGUGAUGUACUUCAAGUGGGUGACGAGAAGGAGUUUGUGCUUCUAGUUGCAGAUAGUGAUUCUGGUCAUCCUAAAGUUUCUAUUCGCCGUUUAGAGUUGGAAAUAGCUUGGAAGAAACUGAACUCAGCACUUGAUGAAGCUAGCACAGUAGAAGCUCAAGUAGUAGCUGUGAAUCGUGGAGGUUGUUUGGUUCUAGUCUAUGGUAUUCGAGGAUUUCUUCCCAUAUCUCAUAUUUCCUUACCUGGAACAAGUUUGGAAGAGAUGGUUGGUCACAAGUAUCCAGUAAAGUGUUUGGAAGUAGACAAGUCCAAAGGAAGGUUGGUUGUUUCUCAUCGACGUGCGAUGGCAGAGCGUCAAAUGGAACAUCUGAAGACUGGAGCAUUAGUGGAAGGUACUGUUCAAGGAGUCAAACCUUACGGAGUCUUUGUAGAUGUGUUUGGGACCUCAGGUCUUUUGCAUAUAUCCCAGAUUUCUCACGAUCAAGUUGCUAAUAUUCAGUCUUUAUUUUUACCUGGAGAGAAGGUGAAGUGUAUGGUGGUUAGCUUUGAUAAGCAACGAGGUCGCAUUUCUUUAAGUACCAAAGCAUUGGAACCACAUCCUGGAGAUAUGCUUAGGAAUAAGCAGUUGGUGUAUGAAAAGGCUGAAGAAAUGGCACUCUCUUAUAAUCAAAGGAUGGAUUCUCCUGUUCGUUCAAAAAAUACAACUUCUUCAUCCACAGACGAUAUUAUUGCUGGGUUAGAUAUAGGUUCAUUGGAUGAUUUAGACCCGAUAUUAUUUGGCACUCAUACCAACAGCAGUAAUAGUAAUACCCAUAGUGAUCAUCUGAAACAAGAUUCGAUGAAUGGUACAAUUCCAGAAAGUGAUAUUUGAAUAAAUCUCAAAAGGAGACUUUUAUUAGAUACGAUGGAGAGGAGCGUUUGCUGUAGCCAACAACUGUUGUGAAUGAGAUUCUUCAAUCCACAUAUCCAAAAUAUGAGCACAUUUCCUUUGGAUG